UCUAUGGUAAGACGCGCUUUGUGUCUCUGUGCGUAUAGCGCGGACUUUCUAUCAGAACUCCCAGGCUGCCUCUAUGGUAGGGCGGCGCGGUGCAGGCCGGGACGCUGGCGGAAGGGGCGGCUCACGUGACCCCCAGCUCAGCACGGCGGCGCGCCUGGUUCUGUGCGGUGUGUUCGCGGCCUAGAGGCCUCCAAGCCCGGCGGCGGCGGCGAGCGGGACAGGCCUUUCCCAUCCCCGGCUAACGUGUGCGGGAGAGGCUGAGGCGGUGCCCCGGAGGCGGCUCCUGCCCCUCAGGGAAGGAGGAUUGCUGCUGCAAGAAUGUCUUUUCCACCUCACUUGAAUCGCCCUCCUAUGGGAAUCCCAACACUUCCACCUGGGAUUCCACCUCCACAAUUUCCUGGUUUUCCUCCACCUGUACCUCCUGGGACCCCCAUGAUUCCUGUACCAAUGGGCAUUAUGGCUCCUGCUCCAACAGUCUUAGUUCCUACCACAGUGUCCAUGGUUGGAAAGCACUUGGGAGCCAGAAAAGAGCACCCGGGUCUAAAGAAUAAAGAAAAUGAUGAAAACAGCGGUCCCACUACCACUGUCUUUGUGGGCAACAUUUCUGAGAAGGCAUCAGAUAUGCUUAUAAGACAGCUCCUAGCUAAGUGUGGCUUGGUUUUGAGUUGGAAGAGAGUGCAAGGAGCAUCUGGAAAACUUCAAGCGUUCGGGUUUUGUGAGUACAAAGAACCAGAAUCCACUCUACGAGCACUGAGACUACUCCAUGACCUCCAGAUUGGAGAGAAGAAGCUGCUAGUUAAAGUUGAUGCCAAGACAAAAGCUCAGCUAGAUGAAUGGAAAGCAAAAAAAAGGGCUUCCAAUGGGAACUCCAGACCAGAGUCUACAAAUGAUGAUGACGAAGCACUGGAUGAGGAAACAAAGAGAAGAGAUCAGUUAAUUAAAGGGGCCAUUGAAGUAUUAAUACGAGAAUAUUCCAGCGAGCUCAAUGCCCCUUCCCAGGAAUCUGACUCUCACCCCAGGAAGAAGAAAAAGGAAAAGAAGGAGGACAUUUUCCGCAGAUUUCCAGUGGCCCCACUGAUACCUUAUCCACUCAUCACCAAGGAGGAUAUAAAUGCUAUAGAAAUGGAGGAAGACAAAAGAGACCUGAUAUCAAGAGAGAUCAGUAAAUUCAGAGACACACACAAGAAACUGGAGGAGGAAAAAGGCAAAAAAGAGAAAGAGAGACAGGAAAUUGAAAAAGAACGGAGAGAAAGAGAGAGGGAACGGGAGCGUGAACGAGAGAGGAGGGAGCGCGAAAGAGAGAGGGAACGGGAGCGUGAACGAGAGAAGGAGAAAGAACGGGAGCGUGAACGAGAGCGGGAUAGGGAUCGUGACCGGACUAAAGACCGAGACAGAGACCGGGAUCGAGACCGUGACAGAGACCGUGAAAGGAGCUCAGACCGCAACAAGGAUCGAAGCAGAUCAAGAGAGAAAAGCAGAGACCGAGAACGUGAACGGGAGCGGGAAAGGGAGAGAGAACGGGAGCGGGAAAGGGAGAGAGAACGGGAGCGGGAAAGGGAGAGAGAACGAGAGCGGGAGCGAGAAAAGGACAAGAAAAGGGACCGAGAAGAGGAUGAAGAGGACGCCUAUGAACGGCGAAAGCUGGAAAGGAAACUACGUGAGAAGGAAGCUGCUUAUCAAGAGCGUCUUAAAAACUGGGAGAUCAGAGAACGGAAGAAAACUAGAGAAUAUGAAAAAGAAUCUGAGAGGGAAGAAGAAAGACGAAGGGAAAUGGCAAAAGAAGCCAAACGGCUAAAAGAAUUUUUAGAAGAUUAUGAUGAUGACCGAGAUGAUCCAAAAUAUUACAGGGGUAGUGCUCUUCAAAAGAGAUUGCGAGAUAGGGAGAAAGAGAUGGAAGGAGAUGAACGAGAUAGGAAGAGGGAGAAAGAAGAGUUGGAAGAAAUCAGGCAGCGCCUUCUGGCAGAAGGACAUCCGGAUCCAGAUGCAGAACUCCAGAGGAUGGAACAAGAGGCUGAAAGGCGCCGACAGCCACAAAUCAAACAGGAGCCAGAAUCUGAGGAAGAGGAGGAGGAAAAACCAGAAAAAGAGGAAAAAAAGGAAGAACCAGAGGAAGAGGAGGAGGAACCGGAACAGAAGCCUUGCCUUAAACCAACCCUACGACCCAUCAGCUCUGCCCCAUCUGUUUCAUCUGCUAGUGGCAAUGCCACCCCUAACACCCCGGGUGAUGAAUCUCCCUGUGGCAUCAUUAUCCCUCAUGAAAACUCGCCUGAUCAGCAACAGCCAGAGGAGCAUAGGCCUAAAAUAGGACUUAGCCUCAAAUUGGGUGCCUGCAAUAGUCCGAGCCAGCCCAAUGCUGUGAAGAGGAAGAAGCUCCCUGUAGACAGUGUGUUCAAUAAAUUUGAGGAUGAAGACAGUGAUGAUGUGCCCCGGAAAAGGAAAUUGGUCCCCUUGGAUUAUGGUGAAGAAGAUAAAGGCUCCUCCAAGGGCAAUGUCAAUACAGAAGAAAAGCGCAAACAUAUUAAGAGUCUUAUUGAGAAAAUUCCCACGGCCAAACCAGAGCUCUUUGCUUAUCCUCUUGAUUGGUCUAUUGUGGAUUCAACAUUAAUGGAACGUCGCAUUAGACCAUGGAUCAACAAGAAAAUAAUAGAAUAUAUUGGUGAAGAAGAAGCCACACUAGUUGAUUUUGUUUGUUCAAAGGUUAUGGCUCAUAGUUCACCGCAGAGCAUAUUGGACGAUGUUGCCAUGGUACUAGAUGAAGAAGCGGAAGUGUUUAUAGUCAAAAUGUGGAGGCUAUUGAUAUACGAAACAGAAGCCAAGAAAAUCGGUCUAGUGAAGUAAAGCACUCUCCUUGCUUUUAGGGUUCCAUUUGUUUUUUUUGUUUUCCUUUUCCAUCAUUCAAGAACUUUGAAUUUUCUCUGUCCUCAGAGACACUUGUGAGACCUGUAUUUUUUUUAUGUAGAAAAUGUGAAAAAUUUGUCCUCUGCUCUAUUGAGGCCACUCUGCCCCCCUCGGUUAUGGUUAUAUGAAUCCUGCAUUGGUUCUCUUUAUAAUUCACCAGGUACAAUUUACUGGUAUGUUUUAUAAGAUGUAGCUACUGUACAAGUCUCUGGUGAUCUUGUUUGGCAAAUCUGUUCCUUGUAAAUAUUAAAAAGACUCCCUUGUUUUGCAAAACAUUUGCACUUAAUGUGGAACUAUAUCAUACAGACCAAGAGAAUUGAUUUUACUGAAAGUGUAUCAUCCUCUCUCUCUCUUCCCCCCCCCCCUCUAAUUUAAAGAACGAUCAUAAUAGGAUUGAAAUUAGAAUUGUAAAAAUAGAAUAAGUGGAUGAAGCGACUUUCUUGGCUUUCACAGUAUGUGUGUGAGCGUGCCUGUGACUGUUGAUUUGUCCCCCUCAUCUGACUUAGGGAGAGGAGUGGCCUUAAGCUUUUCAUUGUAUGUGAACCUGCAGGAAAAAUGGUGGUGGUUUACCAAUUUAGAAUUCCUUGUGAAACUGGCCAGAAUCCCUCCUGCAGAUGCUCAACCUUCCUGUAAAGGGAUUGUAAAUUGCAGGAUGCUUCUUAUUCUUUGUUAUGUUGACGACAGGACUUCAGUGAGCACUAUUUAAUGCUUUUUACCUCAGAUGUCUUGUGCACAAUUACUUCAUUUUAGCCCUUCUCUGAUAGCCCUUCCUACCUCCAAAAAUCUGAUUUUUAAGAAAUUACUUUUAAAACACCUUUUUUUAGAAUUUAGAAGAAAAAUUAAUAUGCCAGUUUAGGACAUUUUGGGAAAGAAAAGGUUGAAGGAUAUAAUUAACCAUAGCAGUUUAUAAAAACUAAAUCAUACUUUUUCAAACAAUGUAGAAGUCUGUUUUUAUGUCUACUAUCAAACCAGCCCUGGUUUUGUUUUCCUUCAUUUUUUGUACUGUAAGCAGUCUGUAUCGUCAUGGAAAGAGGGUGAUAUUUUCCUGCCUUGUCUGUAUGGGAUUUUUAUAAACAAGCUGAUGCGGUAUAAAUGAUGAGAUGUACUGUACACUGCAUUUUUUAAUCUCAUAACCAGGUAAAAAAGCACUGAUGUGCGAUGAGCCGUCUCGAUUGCAGGAUGAACGUUUUCCAGGGAGCAAAACAAUCUCAAACAUUUUUAAUUUUUAAACACAAUUCUUAAUAUCAAACAAAUUAAGUACAGCUGUUCAAGUAUCUGUGUAACUGUAUUUAACUGAAGGAUACAGGUUGACCUGUUUAGAAAGCAUAACUGUGACCUUGAGUUAUUAGAUUCUUGCAUCUUAAGAGGACAUUUGAAAACACUGUUCUUAACAAAUGGGAUCGUGUAAAGGUUCUGCCAUGUAAAUAUUUCAAAUAUUAAAAAUGUAUAUAUUUGA